UACACUUUUUUUGCAGUGGAAUUUCAGAAUCGCUAGUAGUUUUUAUCUCCUUCUUCGGAUCUUCUUGCGUAUUGUUUUAUAUCUUUUUCGCAAAGUUCAGUUGUUACAGUAUUUCGGAUCAACCGUUCAGCUGCACUAGCAUUCUGCUGAAUCCCAAAGUAUGCAAGGCAGUUCGAACGCGCUGCCAUUACUGCCUGAUGGGCAGAGUUUUCACGACAGCCUCUAUUGCGAGAAGUGCCAGUGUUUCCUGCGAGAGCCCUGUUGGCAGCAUGCAGUGCUCGUGCAGGAUGAAUACAGUCUCCCGCUGGCCUUUGCUAGUUUGCCCGAUAUUUUGGCUUUCCAUCAUGACGGUCGACAGACUCAACACCAGAAUGUGUUGCAGCCUCCAGAGAACAGCAACAUUCCAUCGGUUGUGGCACGAACGGCCAUCCGUCCACAGACGAUGUUCGGACCCUUUAUAGCGCCUGUAUGCGAUGCCGGUGCAGCGCAUUCGCAGCAUUCGCAGACAUAUUCAUCGGCCGACGGGCAGUGUGUGACGUUCAAUCUAGAGAACGAUCGUUGGUGCAACUGGAUGAAGUUGGUCAGGACGGCUGACCACGGCCAACACAACCUCCGUGUCUUCAUCCGGGAACGGAAAGUCCGCUUCGCGGCCGUCAAGGUCAUUCUUCCCGGUGAAGAACUCACACUGGCGCUGUGUAAGCAGGAUAUCGAUCGGAAGGAAAUCAUCACGACCAUGUGAACUAUGUCGCAGUGUCUGUGGGUAAGACGCAAGUCGCAAGGCACUGAUGAAGUAUUGCUCAUACGCUUGUCUCUAUUACUAGUGGG